UCUAAGAUACCCAGAUAUCUAUGAGGCGGUUUAUAUCGGCUUCGUUGCAUCCUUUAUCGCCAUUUUCAUCACUCUCUUCAAUAUGUUUGUGCGGGCAAAGUCGAUUGAACAGUACUGUAUCAUAUUAGAGAAGAAUCCGAAUCACGAAAAAACGCGACCGCGCGAAUUCAGCAGUACCGUUAGGUUAACCUACUGCAGAUGGUUGAUUGAUCGAUAUAAAUUUCCAUCCAUAUGCGCAUUUUAGUUCAAAUUACAUUGUAUCGAUCAACAACUGUAACUCCGAGAUCAUUCCAACUUCAGUAGGUUAACUUGCAACUCCAUUUUCGACUGGCAGAAUCAAACAGUUCUUCUAAUUUCCAAGAUCUCACUUCUUCUAAAACAUAUCCUUGCACGAAGUCUUAACCCGCAUCGAUAUACUGCAUUAAGAUGUUGCCAGAUGCUGAAGUUAUCAUAUGCUAUUGCCUAAAGUGCGGUGUCAAACUUGGGGGCUUUGGAAAUUUAUGGGAAGGUCUUGGAAAGACUUAUUACAUACCUAAAGUUAUUAAAGAUGUCACGGGAUUUAAAGGAGUUGGUGCUAUCAAAUUAUCAGACGGACCACUGCAGGUUGGAACUGUUAUAGAAAAUAGGUAUGUGCCCUGAAGUUCCAUCUUGUAUUUGAUACUCAUCUAUACUAGUUCUCUUCAAGAUUUGGCUUGCUCAGACUGCCAUGAAGUACUUGGCUUGCGAUGUGCUAGUGCACCAGAAGGUCACCUGUUAAAAAGGUGGGAUAUAUUUCCAAUCAUAAAUAUAGUGCAUUAGUUAAUUUUUAAUAGUGAUCAACUGCUCUUAUGCGCCAAGAAGUUGUCAAUGGAAUCGCAACGAACAGGAGAAAGGGCAGUAUUAUCUGUCACAAAAACACAUGACCUGACGAAAUCAUCAAAUAACCUAAGCUCUCCAUCCAAGAGACCAUCAAUGUUGUCACGCGCUCCUCUCCCGAGCGAUAUACCACGCCAGAGUGUCGAAAUGCCUUUCACUCCAGCAGUAUCUUCACCAUUGAUGCCUGGCGAUUCGGCUAUGAUGUCAACCAUACAUGAGCAACGAAAGGAUAUUGAUCGUAUUGAUGCUGCUUUGCGUCGCUUCCAAAAGGAUAUACAGGAUGUCAAAUUAUUUUUAAAAAACUUUCGCCAAGAAAUGACCGAAGUUCGGAAUACUCGCCCUGUCACUGAAAGCACCUUCCAAUCCCUCCAGCAAGAUGUUCUCUGCGUGAGUGAGAAAGCUAGAGGAGUGGAUGAUCUUCGUACAGAGCUUUAUUCCUUACGCGCACGAGUCAAGGAUAUGGAAAAAGCUAGUCGCCAGGCUUUUGUCUCGGAUAAUCGAGUACUAACCACUCCUGAACUUUCUGAUGAAUCGCAAGGACGAGAUAUGCAAAAUUCAAUAUCCACUGGAACAUGGAAUCAGCCUAGUGAUGUGAGAGGUGCACUAAUUGCUGAACCUAGCAGGGCUUUACAUCGAAAACGCCGGUAUAGUGGGGCCGAAUCUGAUCAAAUGGAAGAUAAAGCUGCAAAGCUUGCAAAAUUUGGAAAGUACAAGCGCAGGGAAGAAUUGGAAGGUCAGCAAGAUGAAAAUACAGGAUCAAACUCAAUACCUCCUACUCGUCUCGCAACCGAAGAGCCUGCCACGUUUUCACAGCGUCGUACCGAGUCUCCCAUUCUCGGUCGUUAUGAAAAGAAUGGUGAUGCUGAUCAUACUAGACAAGACGAUAAUGUCCAACAUAUGGAGCAACAUAUGGAAAGACAGAUAUCGGAGUCACCCUCUCAACAAAUAGACACUGAAUUGACCACUCUUGAUGAACAUAACACUAUUGAAGAAAAUCAGCGUCUCAAGCGAAUCUCGCGGGCUACAGGAAGCCAAAUUCCGGAGUUAUCUCAAAAGACAUCCUCACAAUCCUCCAAUAUCCCCUUUAGGACCUUGGGCGGGGCCCCUUUCACAUCUGACCUACCACAGAAUCAUUUUCAAAGCCUAAACCAACGGAUCGAGGUCCCCAACUCUUCACAAUCAGGAUUAUCCCAGGACACACAAGAACAACAGCUUCCAGCCCAGCCGCGCCGAGGUCCUGGCCGCCCCAGGUCUACAAAUAAACCAAUUCCUCCUGCUGAUAGUACGCCCCAUGCUCACCGACCUCGCGGCCGUCCAAAGGGCUCGCUAAACAAAAUUCAUUCCGAUAGUAAUAUCUCGUUUCGUCCUAGUGAUGAGGAAUUAUCCACGCCAGGAAGAGAGUUGCGCAGACGUACUAUUCCUGUUCCGGGAUCGAGUCCACCGGUAAAGGAAAUUGCAAAUACGCCAGGUAAUAAUGUCGUGAUCGACUUGGCCGAGAAGGAGAGUGGUGAGACUGGAGAGCUCCGGGAGAUUGGAGAGAGCCCGUUGGCACAAUCAUCCCAAGCUCAAGAGCAUCAUUCGGCUGUACUUCGAGAUGUGGAAAUGGAAGAUAUAUUGCAGCCUGUUAACCCCACGAAAAGACAAAGAAGAAACACCCGCAGCUCUCGUCACAGACUUUCCGUCGAUUUAGACGAGAUUUUCAACUCCAGACCCGCGAACACUAAUGGCGACGUUGCUAUGGCUACUGAGGAAGAUUACAUUACAGGAAACAAAGCCAAACCGGACGGCAGAUAUCUAAGCGGUUCUAAGGGACCGCCUUCCGAUGAGGAUGAAACUUACACUGAGAAUUACAAUGCUGAGAAGAAGAAGAGGCAACAUCAAGAACGGAAAAACGAGGAUGAACUGGAGGAAGAAAGGAAAAGGGGAAGAAAGAGAGAACGCGAAAUGGACAAAGAACGGGAAGAAAGAAGAAGCACUCGAAGAAGGGCACUAGAGAGGAGAGAGGAGUUGGUUAAAGAAACGCUUGGGAUGAAUGAUUGAAACUAGGCUUACAACAUGAAUUUGAAAGAUUGUAGUUUCUAGAAUGAGGUGUCAUUAUCCUUCUGCCUGAUUCUUGGGGCGCAUUCGUGUAAUUUGGGAUUCGGGGUUUGCCUGCUUGACAAUCAUCUCGGCGGCAAGGAAAGGGAGCCGAAUUAGUUUCGGCGAUGAUAGUAGGCGGAUAAAGGCGGUAGGAGGGGAUAAUCUUGAUUUAUAAUUCACUUUCACAAUCAACAUGAUAUUAAGUAUUCUUUGAGUAUAGUCAUGUUGUUUUGUAUGUCUAGUAUCAUGUUUCAUAUCUUCUGGCUUCGUAACAUAAGGCACCGCAUC